CAAGACGGGCGGAGUGAGUCUGCAAACUGAAUGUGGGUCAGUGUGCAGACUGCCGCUGAUGUCGCUGGACGACAAACGACAAAUCUUCGCCUUCGCUAUAGAUGUUUGCCUGGUUAUCCAGUCCUGCAAAUUUGGUCUUUACACACUCUUAAACGUGUCUUUUUUAGAAAGAUAAACCCAAGAGGACAUCGGACAUGAAUAAGACGGCUCGAGCGCUUUUCUUUUUUCAACUUCUGGCUUCAUUCGCCUUCAGCCCUGCGCUAGGCCAAAAUGAUGGCAGUGGCGUGGUGGUGGCUAUGUACAAUAUCAGCGCCCCCCAGGGAUCUCGAGCAAUAUUGCAGUGUCAUAGUCAGCGCAUGGUGUGGACCCAAGACCGCCUAAAGGACCGCCAACGUGUAGCACACUGGGAUCUCCUUCGUAGUGGCCCAGAUCAUGCAAUGGAACGUGUACUAGACAUGUUUUCUGCGGGAGACCAGCGCAUCUACAAUGGCUACAACCAGGGACGCAUCAGUAUGCCCAAGACUGCUUUCAAAGAUGGCAACUUCUCAUUAGUUAUCAAAGAUGUUGCAAUGAGUGACAAAGGAAUCUACUCCUGUAAUUUGCAUCAUCAUUACUGCCACCUCUACGAGUCAAUAAAAGUGCAGCUUAAUGUCACCAAGUCAGCACGCAAGGAGAGGCGGUUCUGGGAUGGUCAGAAGGCCGUGUUUGUGGUAUUAGUGGGCAGCAUGGUGGUUCUCCCUUGCGUUAACCGCCGGCCCAUCUGGACAGAGGGUAACAGUCAGGAGGACCAACAGCAGGUUGUGCAUUGGGACCGUCAACCUCCAGGGGUCCGACAUGACCGCGCCGAUCGUCUCAUCGACCUGUACGCCUCCGGAGAGAGACGUCACUACGGGCCACUGUUCGUUCAACGUAAGAUGAAUAUUUCUGCCUCUGCAUUCUCGCAAGGAGAUUUCUCUCUCAUCAUAUCAGAUAUCCAGCUUCUAGAUCAGGGUAUUUACUCCUGCCAUCUCCACCAUCACUACUGUGGUCUACACGAGAGACGCAUCUUUCAGCUUACCGUGACCCCUAUGAUCCCUCAGGAACCCACAGAUGAACCACAAUACCUUCCCAAUGAAGACACUAAGACCAACAUAGUGGAAGUGCCACCACAUGUCAUCAAUGUCAUCUUGCCUGAACACAGAAGUCACUUCCUGCAGCAGCUAGGGUAUAUCCUGGCCACUCUUCUUCUCCUGGCCCUUAUUGUGUUGGCUAUCAUUCUCCUCACACGCCGCCGGAAAAGACAAGGCCAAGAGUUUGAUCCGCAGAAAGUCGAAAGCCCACCUCUGCCAGUGGUGAAGGGCCACACAUCAUGUGUUAAGAAAGAAUGUGAUCGAAGCAUUCCAGAGAUGAAGUCAAGCAACCAGGAGGAGACAAAGUUGGGCUACAAGAACAAUCUUCUAAAAGAAGCAGAAAUGUCCAAACUGUGCUCCCCAAAAGCCAUUGACCUGGACAGAGAGAUAGAGAAGCUGUCUUGGAAAUAAGAGGCACCUUGCCACUGGCUGGUUCAGGGGCAAAUUUGUAAAAGAAGAAUCAAAGAGAAGAAUAAAGAAGAGAAUAAAAUUAAGAUGGGUGAAAAUAUGGCAAGGACAUGACAGAAAAUAAUGGAAGAGGAGCAUGGUUGUACAGUUUUUUUCUUAUUCAAGAUUAGUCAUCUUUUUUGGCCUUUUGACCAGUGACUGAUUGACACAGCAAUACACAGCAGAGUCAGUAUUUUGGACAACAGAUAAAGCAGACUAAUGAAAUAUGCACUUAUGUACUUUUCAAAGCACUAUAGCAACAAGACAAAAGCUUAAAAAUAAAAUAAAAUAGUGACAUGCUUUUUGUUUUGCCAAAUGCUGCCACACACUCUAUGAGUGGGAAGUAAAUACACCCAGAACUACAGUAUGUGUUUUGAAUAUUGAUGUGAGGUUUGGGGUAUGUGUUACAUAAAUGAGUAGCUGAGAAAAUGUUUUGCAGGAUGAACCUUCUUACUCGUCAAGUACAUGUGGAAUCAAUAUAUUAAAAACAUUAUUUUGUUGUUAAAUCUUGCAUUAACUUUAGUGCCUUGAGUGUUAUUUUAGUAACUGUCUUUUACCCUUUAAUAUUAUGCUUAUGUUUUAUACACUGUGUGACACUCAUGAUUCAAAUUAUAUCUCUCACAACAUUUAGGCAGUAAUGUUAUUUUUAAUUGAUUUAAGUUAUUCCAUGCCCAAGUGUAAUUAAAAUAUUUGCAUGGUCACAAUAUUGCCAAAGCUAUUGCUACAUCACCAGAAGCAUUUGUAAUGUUCAUGUUUGUGAUUGUUCAGAAGUUUGUGAACUUCUGAACAGUUUAAGCUGUUUAUUAAAGCUACAAAUAAUAAAUGUAAUAUGAAGGCACCUGAAUACUUUUACUGUAUUACAUGAGCAGCAUGAUGUACUGUAUGACAAGGACCUUUUUGUCUUUAAAGGAGUAGUU